AUGAAGCCGUUUGUUAAAAGAGUUGUUUUCCAGGCAUCCCGGGUGACCCUCGUCGUUGUAACAGUCUCCCUGGCUGUUCAGACGUACUUGGCAGGGUGGAAAAAGCCGCAGCCCGUGGGCAUCGAUUCUCGACCAAUCUUUGACGAGCCCUCAUCUCCUCAAACUCUCUGGGAUUCAAUUCAGCAAAAUGCGAACUUGACCAAGUUCGCCAAGUUGGUGGGGGAAUUCGAUGACAUUGUCGGUGGUCUCCGAGCACCCAGGGCCCAACUCACGGUCUAUGCGCCUACCAAUGAAGCCUUCGAUCUAGAAGAAUUCCCUUAUGAUCUCCCGUGGUUCUAUUGGAAAUUCCUAGUUGGAUACCACAUGGGAAAAGGGGGUGUUUCCGCAGAGGCAUUACACAGCCAAAACACAGUCUGUUCCUUUGUCAACGCCGAUAUUUUCUUCAAAAACCAGCAACGCAUCAGCGUUCAAAACAAUGUCGACGGCAUAUCUUUCAACUUCAAUGCAAAAUUGCUUGCAUCGCAACCAGCUAUAAAUGGUCAUCUUCAUGUCGUCGAUCGACUGCUGAUGCUGCCAGACUCAACUGCUGACGUUCUGCGGUACACCGCGACAUUCGGGACCUUCCGCCAGGGACUCAUUGAUACCGGCUUAGCAGAAGUGAUCAACGACACAUCAACACAUACUGCACAGACGGUGUUCGCGCCUUCAGAUGCCGCAUUUCGCAAACUAGGCCGAAAGGUCAAUGCCUUUCUCUUCGGCCCGGGCGGGCGCGCAUAUUUGAAAGCUUUGCUCGCGUACCACGUUGUGUCGAAUGAGACUUUGUUCUCUGAUGUUCAUUUCCCCACGAAGAAUGGAGAGCAUAUUGUCCUUGACCUCAAGUCUGCCUCCAAUCAAGUGUCUCUCCCUACUCUGGCGCGUGGACAUGAGGUUUCUGUCCGCUCUGUUCGACAUUCAAGUAAGGACCGACGGUCACUUUCGAUCAAUGAUGAAUGGGAGGUCAUCCGGCCGGAUAUUGUGGUCAUGGACGGUGUGAUCCAUGAGAUAGAUGGAGUGAUACUGCCCCCGAUUAUCAAUGGAGAGGACCAGCUGGACAAGCAGCAUGAUAAUUGGUGGUCUGUGGUAUCUCGUUCUUUGAAUAUUAGGGGAGGAAUUACAGUGGAGGAACUUAUGGAACGGCUUCAGCCGCUGAUUGAAAAUGGGGAAUAA